GCAGAUGACGACGUGUACCUGAUGCCCCAGCGCCUACCCGCCGCGGCGGCCCAGUGGGAGCGCAUUGGAGCGGGCUACAUCGGCUGCAUGAAGAACGGCUGGGUGUUCCGAGACCCAAAGCAUCGCUGGUAUGAGCCGCAGUACCUGCUGCUGGGGUCUGACUACUUUUUGCACGCGUACGGCAGCGCCUACGUGCUGUCAGCUGAGGCCGUGCGGCAGGUCAUUAUCCACAACUACCAACACCUGCGUCUCCUGGCAAAUGAAGAUACGAGUGUGGGAGCUUGGAUGCUGGCGCAAGAUGUUGUGUUCUUUGAGGACAUGCGCUUGUGCUCGCGAGUGUGCCAUAAAUCAGCUCUGGCGGUGUGGCAAACUGAAUGCGCCGGUUUGUGCGCGCCCGUUGAAGACCUUGUUAAGUUACAUCGUAAUGGCACAUGCACA